AUGGACCACAUCGAGAAUUUUGAGGAGAUUUGCAGCACGACUGGAUCAAAUGGGAUACCAGCCGAUUUUUUGAAGUGCAAGCUUUUUCCAUUCUCACUUGCAGACAAAGCUUUGCGCUGGCUGAAGUCAUUACCACCUGGGUCAUUGACUACAUGGGAAGAGUGCAGAUCAGCAUUUUUGGACCAUUUCUACACUAAGGCCAAAACUGCAGCUCUGAAGAACAAGAUCUUGUCAUUUAAACAGCAACCUGGUGAAGCUUUUUGCGAAGCUUGGGAAAGGAAUGCUUUGAAUGCAGCUAGCAAUGGCGAUUUCAUGACUAAGUCCAAAAAAGCUGCUUAUGAGCUGAUUGAGAACUUAGCUGCAAGCUCCAGCAACAAAUCCCAAGAGUAUGACAGGUCUAGCAAAGCAGUUCAUAGUGUGGAGUUGAGCAAGAUCGAUGAGCUUACAGCAAAGGUGAAUCUGCUGUUGAGAAAGAACCAGAGAUCUGUGCAUUUUGCUGAUGAGGUUGGUGAUGCACCUCUUGCUCAAGAGUUUGUAGAUGCAGAGAAUAAUGAUCAGAUGGAGGUAAAUUUCGUGAAUGGACAAGGGUAUGUGCAGAAUCGCAGCUUCAACAACUUCAGAAACCACCCAAAUUUAUCCUACAGAAGAAACAAUGUUGAGAACCCUCAGGAUCAGGUCUAUCCGCAGCAAGGAGUGCAGAAUCAGUCAGGAUUUCAGAAGAACUUCUCCAGCAAUUUCCAAGGAAAGCAGUUCAUCACCAAUCAGAAUCGAUUUCAAGAUGGAAAUCAGCAGAAGUUGCCUUUCACAAGUCUACAGCCUUCUUCGAGUUCCUCAAAUAACUCGCAGGAUGAGCUGAAAAACUUGAUGCAACAGCUGCUGGUUAAUCAGCAAAAGUCUUCCAUGGAGAUGAAUGCCAAAAUGGACACCAUGUACAAUGACUUGAAUGGCAAGUAUAAAGCAGUGUGGACUCAUGUGAAGAAGCUGGAUGUUCAGGUAGCUCAGACUGCAGAAGCUGUGAAGAGAUCACCUGGAACUCUCCCUGGAAAAGGUGAAAACCCCAGGAAUGAGUUUGUGAAUGCUAUUGAGCUGAGAAGUGGGAAGACUCUACAUGUUGCACCAACAAGCUCUGUCUCAGAAAAGAGGAAGGAAAAGGACGUGGAGCACCUGCUCCAAGAAGAGGAACAGCUCAUGACAUAA